GUGAGCUGUGAUUGGUCACAGCUUGUCACAUGGUACAAGGCUGUUGUGAAUAGCAUUGUACCAUGUGACCUCUGUGAUCAUUCACAGAUUUCACAUGUAGUAAGCAAUGAUGUCAGAAGUGACAUCAUUGCUUAUUACUCUUCAUGUGAUCACUGAUUGGCCAAUCAGUGAUCACAUGAUCGGGACCUCGUACAGAGGUGCCGUACGAUGAUCAGUGUUCCACUGUGUCCGGAGGACACAGUGGGCACCGGAUCGUGGUGCUGCGCGCGCUCCUAGGCAGCACACACAUGCAGGGUCGGGUGGCCGUUUAUAA